AUGGCCACCAUCCCCGCAGGUCUCGAGAUCCGCGGCGACCGCUCUCCUCCGGGCGUGACACCCGCAAGACGUGGUCGCGGCCUCUUUGCAACGCGCAGCUAUGCACCUGGUGAGGAGAUUGCCGUCUUUGGCAAGCCACUGAUUGUGCUGCCGUCCGGUCCCGAUGCCACCAAGACCUGCAACAACUGUCUGGAUGCCCGCCGCGCGGGUUCGAUCAAGAAGUGCCAGGGGUGUCAGGCCGUUGUCUACUGCGGCAAAGAGUGCCAGCGGGCGCACUGGAAGCGUUUCCACAAGUUCGAGUGCAAGCCGCUCAAGAACGCCUUUGAGAGCGCUGCCCGGCAGGCGGCGGCCACACCCGGCGGCUAUGUGCAGCCGCUGCCGGCGCCCGUGCGUGCGUUGAUGCUGGUGAUCCUGCAGUGGAAGGAUUCGGCCGACAUCCGCGCGACGGUCGAGGCCCUCGAGGGCAACGUGCCGGCCUUUAUCAGCAACCGCGACGUGUGGGACGACUUCAAGCUGCAAGCGGCCGGAGCCUGUCAGUUUACUGGCUGGCUCGGCGAGGACCAGAUCCGCACGGCGGUCGAGAUCCUGUGUCGCAUCCACACCAACACGUUUGACCGCCGUGACCACAACCUGACGCAGUCGGGCCUCUUUCUGGACGCGACCUUGGCCAUGGCUAACCACUCGUGCCUGCCCAACGCCGUUGUGGGUUUCUUUGGGCCCAAGACCUGGCUGCGUGCUACGGAGCCGAUCAAGGCCGGCGACGAGAUUACCGUCUCGUACAUUGACUAUACCAAGCCGCGUGCGGCUCGCCAGCGCGGGCUUGCCCAUUACAACUUUACGUGCACGUGCCGCCGCUGCACCGAGAACCUGGACGUCUACCAGGUGUGCCAGCAGUCGCCCGUGCUGUCGCUAAACAACCGGUUCACGGUCGUGCCGCGUCUGGAUCUGCUGCGCAACCCACCUAUCCUGCGCGAGGCCGAGGGACACCUCAUCACGCCUGAGCAGAUCGAGGCCAUGUAUGCCGAAAGCGGCGUCGAGGCCAUUGACGAGUCGGACGAUUCCUACACCCAGGCGGACCCCUACUUUGGUAAGCGCCUGCCGCAGAUGCGUCGCCUCUACCGGAUCUGCAAGCCGCUCAUCGAUGCCAAGCGCUGGGCCGACGAGCCCGUCGCCCACUUGAUGCACCUGGCCUUUAUGCACUUUUUGGAGGUGCGCAACUUCUGCCACGCGCUGGCCUUUUUGGUCUUCAUCUGCCAGCACAUCGACCCGUACCGCUACCCGGCGCCUUUUGACAUGCGCCGCGUCCGCAACCUCAACAGCGUCGCCACCAUGCUCCCGCAGGUGUUGAAAGUCGUGUUUUCGGACGGGAACGGCCUCGACCGCUGGGGCAGGUCCGACCCCGCGCUCAACGUCUCGCCGAUCCUGCGCGACAAGCUCAACGACCUCGUCGACGGCGCCACCACCGAGGCCGUUUUGCGCAUCGUCCUCGAACAGGGGCCCAAGGGCCACUCGAACCAGUGGCCGCCCCUGGACGACGCGCGCCACUUCUUGCGCCAGGUCGAGACCAUGGGCAACCGCGAGCUCAUGGGCGGCAUGGUCAAGGCCCAGCAGACAGCCGCUGGCGCUCCGCCCGCCAUUAGCAUGAACAUGCCCUCGAACUUCCGGCCGGACCCUGGCGCAACCACACAGGCGGUCCAGCGCUGGUUUGCCGACCCCAUGUCCCCCUAUGGUGUGCGCUACUUUGACGAGCGUGUUCUCAAGAGACUGAACGCUGUGUCUGCCGUAGCCAUUGAGUUGCUGGAAAGCGUGUUGUCUUCUCGAUAG